GCUCAUUCGUCCGUGAGAACCGUUCUGUUAGACUGGGUUGAAACGCAGAAGGAUAUAAACAAUCAACUCUUGUUGCAGGCUGCAUGGCAGGGAAAUCUAUCUGUAGUCAAGAAAAUACUGGUUAGCAUUAUUUUAGAGCAGUUCUUUAUGUCAAACAUUUUAAAUUUUUUGAUCUGUUCAACUAUACUGGUGAGCUGUUUUUGAAAAACUAUAACUUUAUUUAGUCGACUUAAGAAUAAUUUCUUUUUAUUUAUGAAAAAAUGGCAUUCACAAAUAGUUUAAACUUUUACAAUGAAAAUACUGAUAGGAAAAGGCUAUCUUGUGUCAAGAAAGAAAACAUGAAAUAACAAAGAAUCACUGGUUGCUUGUUGCAUUUUUCCAAAUCAAAUUACAAUUUUUUUUGUAAAAUUCAACAGUGGCCAGAGAUCACUCUGUUUAUUCUCUAUAUACCAUGUAGCUCCACUCCCCCAAGAUGGGAUGCAAGGUUUAAUGACCAGUAAGACUGAUAAAAAACAAACAUAAAUUACAUUGUGAAAUUCUCAAACUCUGUAUUGGUGGUAAACAUUCUUUUCAGACAAGUGAAAAGAGAUCAGUGGAUGUAAAUUGUCGAAACGUUGAAGGCUUAACUCCCUUGAUGCUUGUAACUAGGGAUGUGCAACUCUUUGAGCGUCUCAGUGCUCAGCUGAACAGAUAUUACAGCCCUGUACAAGUCGCAGAAGAACUCAUUAAAGCAAAGGCGUAAGUCAUGUUUUGAGACGGGCCCCCAAAUGUUACGACCUCCACGUUGUCUAGGGUUUUACAACACUUUCUUAAUAUCUAUAUAUAUAUCACAACUCCAGCAUGGAAAUACAACAGUUCUUUUAUUUACAGGAUCCAAUAUCAAUUCAUAGUGACAAAGUUCAAUGGCGAUAAUACUAACUCUCUAACUACUCUCUCGGCUGGACUCUGACACAUCAGCUCACCUUUUGACCCCUGUGUCUCUCUCUCCUAGUACAACUACUUGACUAAGUCUUGACUGACAACUUUUGACGACUAACAACCAACCAACACACAGCCCUUUUAUAUCCCUAAAAAUCACUCAGCAUACACUAACAUUCCACACCACGGACUAACUUCACACUGAUCUCACGAUCAACAACUUACAAAACACUCUCACGAUCCACAACUCCCCUACCCAACAUGCACAACAAUCUAGUUCACAACAGAGACCUUGCAUUUUUCUCAUAUAUCUCACACUGUAUUGAAGUGAGUUUGAGAAAACAAAUUAAUUUCAAUUUUUGAAACUUAAGUUAUGAAUGAUUCAAAUAAUUGAAAUAAAAUGCUCUCACAUCCAAUUUAGUUUACAUAAUAAUCCUAAUAUAUUUUGCUUUUUUAACUUAAUUUAUAUUGUAAUUCAAACACGGUCAUCCUUCUGUAAUCCUGAUCUUGAAACCCAGGCCUUCAGAUAUUCUGACACUUUAAAAAAGUUUUUAAUUUUCAAAUACCAAUUUUACUUUGAAUUUUUAGCCAUUUGAAUUUCAUAUCGAAUAAACUUUCACUUUAGGCUUUUCCAUAUGCAAUGCAAAGUGAACUUGUUUGCUGCACUGAAACAGAACAAGAGAAAGUGCAUUUCUUUAAGCAUAUGGUUGAAAGUUUUAAACAAUUCAACAGUUUAAACCUGAUAUUCUGGUGCAAGAGUGUGAAGAAUAGAGGAAACAGAUUUGGACAUUAGGAAGUCUACAAACUUUCAAUAAAGCAGUUUUAAUUUCUUAGGCACAACUUUAUUUCCUAUGUAUAAGACACAAUUUUUAUAACUAGGAUAGGACCCCACUUUCUUCAUUAAGAUUUAUCAAAAGACUGUUUUAUUCCAAGCUUUAGGUAUAAUUUGUUUGCUAUAAGUUUCUUAGUCGACUUAAAAAAAGCCAAUUAAAAUGAAACAUUUUGUUUAUAUAUUUUAUAAAUCUGUAAACUCUAAAAUUUUCAUAUCAAUUGGUUUUGUUUACAGGGGACUUGUUGUUCCUUCUUUACUAUAAAUGAGACCCCCUAAAAAGUCAUACAUUUAAUCUUGCCUCUUUCACUGUCCAACAGAAAUAUUCACGUGACAGAUAAUGAUGGAAGGUCAAGUCUUCAUUAUGCAUCCCAGUCUCGUGCCGGUUGUGCAGAUAAAUUGGUUAGCGUCCUGAUCGCAGGGGGCAUGGAAAUUGGUUGGUUGUCAUUAUUUUGUUUUGCGAUGUCGCAGAGGAUAGUUCAUUUCACAUGCAAUAGUUCAUCUCCCAUGCAAUAGUUCAUUUCACAUGCAAUAGUUCAUCUCCCAUGCAAUAGUUCAUUUCACAUGCAAUAGUUCAUCUCCCAUGCAAUAGUUCAUUUCACAUGCAAUAGUUCAUCUCACAUGCAAUAGUUUAUCUCACAUGCAAUAGUUCAUUUCACAUGCAAUAGUUCAUUUCGCAUGCAAUAGCUCAUCUCACAUGCAUUUCAUCAGAUAAAAUAGCGUUCUUUCUUAAUAGACAGGCACUGAAAUAUGUUUUUGGAAGGCAGUUGUCAUUUGUAGGCUUUCCUACAAGUUUCCUUAAAGCAGAUUUUUUGGUCAAAUGCUGGAAUAAACAUAAUAAAAUGUUUGAUGCUAAUCCAAUUUUUUAAAUUUUUAUACGUAGACCUGUAUACCGUCCAAAUCCAGGAAAAGUAAAUUCUUUACUAAAUUUAAAAUUAAGUUUUAUAAAAAAAAAAUCCUCAGAACUUCGUGAUAAGAAUUUAUUUGCACCCAUUCAUCUGGCUGCCCAACUGGGCAACACAAAUAAUGUUAUUGCCCUUGCGGAUGGAGGCUCUGAUGUCAAUGUGAAGGGCUUUGCAGGUUCCACUCCACUUCAUGUCACAGUAAGUUCUUGAUUAUUGAUUUUAAAAUUUGAUACUUGUAAAAAAAAAGUUUUUGUUUGUUCACUUAAACAUGGUGAAUGAAAGUUUAAAAGUUUAUGUUUUUUAUUGGGUCAUGUUUCCAAAAGUUCUGAAGCUGAUUCAUUUCCAUUACGAUUGUAUUUUUUAUGUCUCAUUUUCAUGUAUUAACAAAAACUAGAAUUUUAUUUUUUAUGUCUCAUUUGAAUAUAUCUAACAAACAUUACAAUUUUUUUUAAAUGUCAUUUUUAUACUCUAGCGCCUAGGUCUUCUUACCUCCCCUAGUAAGUUUACUGUUCCUUUGAGAACACAAAAACUGUUACAAACUAAUACUAAUAUCUUUUUUUUAACUGGGUUCAUCAAUUUUUAAAAAAUUUUAGGCUUACAAUGAUCACCAAAAAACUGCAGACACUCUACUCAGGUAUGGAGCAGAUGUCACACUUCAAGAUGACAGAGGCCUGACCCCAGUUGACCUUGCAAAGACCAGGAAGAUGAAGACAAUGUUGAAGGAGGCGUGGAUAGAGGCCACUAAAGGCAACACAACAGGGACAGUAUUGAAAGCUGAGGAAGGAAAUGAUACAAAGGGAACAGCUGUCAAGAAAAGACCUGAAGUGAUAUUUGAUGUAAAGUGACCAAUUUUACUUGUGUAUACACAUUUGUCUUGCCUUUCAAAGGAUUCAUAACUUUUCAAUGCUGCCAGCUUGUAACCUCCCUUUGAGAUUAACUAUUAUAAUGCUUUCAAAUAUUAACUUUAAAAAAAAUUCUUUGUGAUCUAAAUGAUCUAGUGAUAACUGUUAAAAAUUUUUAUUAUUAUUAUAAAAAAAAAAAAAUCAUGCACACUUUUUGUAAAACCUUCCAUUUAAAGUGGUACAAAAUAAACUGAGUAACAUUUGAAAUCAGAUCAAAAGCAUUAGUUUUUAUUUAAAUGGAUUGAUUAUCUGCUGCAGAUGUCAGCCAUGAAAAUCACUCAUGUUUUUAUUUCAUCUUAGGGUUUGCUAAACUCCCAGAAUACGGUUCAGACAUCUUCAGGUAUGUCUUAUGCUCAACUUUAUUUUCUUUAAUUUAUUUUUUCUUUAAAAUACAGGUGAGCUUAUUUUUUUUUUUUUGCUGUCCCAUUUAUGUUUUUUUUUUAAAAAUUCAAAGUCUUGCCAUAUUUUUUAUAAGUAAAAUAUAACUUAAUUUAAAAAAAAAAGAAAAGUUAUAUCACUGUCUUAUGCUCAACUUUAUUUUCUUUAAUUUAUUUUUUCUUUAAAAUACAGGUGAGCUUAUUUUUUUUUUUUGCUGUCCCAUUUAUGUUUUUUUUUUAAAAAUUCAAAGUCUUGCCAUAUUUUUUAUAAGUAAAAUAUAACUUAAUUUAAAAAAAAAAGAAAAGUUAUAUCACUCACCUUGUGUUAUUAUUAAUUAUGUACAUAUUAUGGGGGGGGGGAUGCUAAUAGGCUGCCCUUGACCUCAUUUUUUCUCAGGGUUGAUUUUCCAUCUAUACAGGUGCCCGAAUACUAUCCAAUGUUGAAAGAUGUAAACAGGCAGAGAAAAAGAUUCUGUUAGAAGUUGAAGCCCUUAAAGCUGCCCACCCAAGUAUAAGCAGGUUUGUAUUUAAACUGGCAUUCUUUGUUCUAAAGAAGGGGUCUCAAACUCGAAUCAUCCAGGGCCCACAGGAGUUAGAGUCUGAGUGAGACUGGGUCGCAUCAAGUAUUCCACACAAAAAAGCGAUUACAAAGCAAUAAAGUACAACUGUUACAAUCUGCUCAGCUUUUACUAAUAACAAAAUUAAUUAAAAACAUUAAUGGUUCUCAAGUACUAGGCUUCACUUACUUCCUCUUACUCCUUGUUGCCAGAGAUCUGGCAGUGCUUCUUCUUAAACAGCUGAGCAACUUUGUCUUGAGUGAGGAAGCAACUGAGACCCUAAGUAUUGCUUUAAGAUCUUGAAAUUUGACUGGUUUAAGUUCAUAGUGAAAAAGAGCUUUUCACACAGAUAAUUACUCCCAAAAGGCACAUAAUCUGCUUGAACAACCUGGAAAUUUCAGGGAACGUGGUGGGUAAUGCUCUUAUAAUUUAUCCAUGCUUGUCUGUUUUUCCAAUCACAUCCCUGAACUUAGAAUUGCACUGAAGAUCAAUUAGCUCCAUUUGAAGUACAAUUAGGGAGGGGUGGGGGUUGCAUCCUCCAAAUUGAAGGAGAAAUGGUUUGCAAAAAGUUGAAGAGUCGCUCUGUCUGUUUUGAAGUCUAAAAACAUGUGAUCAAAUUCUUCCUGUAGCAAUGGCAUCAGUAUACAUACUACUAAGGGUUUGCCCAAGGCCAUGAGUACUUUGCCUGUUGGGAAAUGGCAGAGGUUUCUCUAAGAGUCAUAACACAAGUUUUGUGCAGAAUUCCCUGACAUUGUAAUUGGCAACACUGACAAGCUGGUCUUGUAACUUCUUGUUGAGUACAUUCAGCUCCUGGGUAAUGUCAACAAGAAAAGCCAAGUACAUGAGCCAUUUGGGAUCACUUAGUACAGGAACAACCACCCAUCCUUCUCCAUGAAGCUUUGAAGGCUAAAACGUGUUCAAACAGUAGGCAGAGGCAGGCAAUUUUUAUGAAUUAUUGAUGUGAUUGAAGAUUCUAUUGUAGGGAGAAUGAAUUUUGAUUUUUUAUUGAAGAAAAGGCCUUUUUGACUAACCCAAUUUUGAAGGUGACCAAUUUGACAGGCUCGGAAUUUCCCUCACUCGUAAACACUGGCGUCAAUUAUAAUAGGGAUUCUUUGAUAUUAUUUCAGGUUGCUACGAUUUACACAAUUAUGGUUGUGUAUUACCCACUAACUGACUUUUUAAAUUUUUCUCAAAAACCCACUUUGGCCAUGUUUGUCUCAUAAAAUGCUUUAAAAUAAAAACUUAUCAUCUGAUUUUUUACACAGGUUUUUACCAUUAUAAUCAACGUCCAAAUCUAUACAAACAUAAUAAAAAUCAGAAUUAGACUAGUCCGUGAGAUUCAACUGAAACCGUGAAAUCCUAGUGUCUCAUUUUUAUUUACUUAAUUUACAUGUUUUAAUAAUUGUAAAGCGCUUAGAGCUUUAUGGUAAGCGCUAUAUAAAAAUGCCUAAAUAAAUAAAUAAAUAAACCAUCAUGGAGGGUCACAUUAUAGAUAUGAGAAUGGGGAAAAUGUGCGGGCUGCAUUAACACUAAACUUUGCUGUCAUGUAGCGGGCCUCAAAAUAUUGUCUUGCAGGCCGCAAAUGGCCUGCGGACCAGUAGUUUGAGAACCUGUUCUAAAGAUUUGAAUACAUGUUUUGUUUAAAUGUGUGUGGAUCAAAGGGUGGAGAGAGGAAAUUCAUCUAUUUCAAAAUCUUCUUCUCCUGUCAACUUUGGCAUGGAGGUGUCACAUGGAGGUGCAGUUGUGGACUUUUAUGAGUAUCAUUAACACAGUCAACCUACUCCCGCCAUAACCCUAAAAUCAGAGUGAAUGCUCUUAAAUAAAUAAUGGAACAAAAUAUGAUUAGGCUUGAAAUAGCAGACAAAACAUUUACAGGACGUUUCAGCUAAAUGCCUUCUUAGCAUGUGAUCAAUUAAUUUGUUGUUGGGCCAUAUAGCCAAGUGACUCAUAGGAAUGGCACAAACCAUUAGUUUUAUUUUCUUCUACCGAAAAAGGUCCAGUCAAAUUUUUAAUGUUGCUGAUUUCUUAAAGCAUACAUGCUGCACUGGUUAAUAUUUCCUACAGAGGUUAGGAAGAGAUAAGAUCACUGGUUAAUAUUUCCUACAGAGUUUAGGAAGAGAUAAGAUCACUGGUUAAUAUUUCCUACAGAGGUUAGGAAGAGAUAAGAUCACUGGUUAAUAUUUCCUACAGAGGUUAGGAAGAGAUAAGAUGUCAAUGAAAAAGCAAUAAAAUGUAUCCUUUGGUAGAGAUAGUUUUAGUUGUCGCAGGCUUUUAAUGAUAAUAGAAUUGUAGCACUGCACAUUUUGGUUUUCUCCAUAUUUAAUAGGACAUUAGCUAUAAGAGAAUCAUUUUUAUUAUAAAAUUUAAAAAAUGAUUUACGGUAACAGCGUAAUGUUUAAUGUUCAAAGGGAAACAACUCGUAUUCUGGGUACUACAAGAAGUAAGAUUUUGCCUCAAAUUGGCAGAAGUUCAAGUCCAGAACAUACCACAAAUGGAACAUCUAGGAGUCCAGACACAGGAAGUGGUGCUCUAAUUGAAAUGAGAGAUGCCAAUCAGUUGACAGACGAGGCAAGAAAGCAACUGAUGUCAAGAGGUCGAUCCGUUUCAGAAAUUAAAUUGGGUAAUGAUUUUUUUUUGUUGGUGAGGUUUAUUUCAUUUGUUUAUAUUGACAUUUCAUUUUUUCAUUUGUUAAUUAUGGCAUUUCAUCUUUUCAUUUGUUAAUUAUGGUGUUUCAUCUUUUCAUUUGCAUCUUAUUUAUAUGUGUAUGAUUAGAUAGUUGUACAAAUAUUUAUGCUUUUCAUGAUUGCUGCUGUUUUGGUCAGGGAGGAGUACUGCUUCAGUCAUUUGAUAGCAUGAAAUUUUAAUUAUCAGGAGUGUCAAUGUUUUGUACUUCCAUCUUAAUAAAGAAAAAGGAAAGUGACCAGCGAAAGUAUGUGAAUCUCAGCAUUUAGUUUUAGAUGUGGAUAUUUUCAGAACAUAUUACACCAGGAUUUUAUUUAAACAAAAAAUUAAGUGAAUUGUAUCUGUUUUUGAGACAACACCAGCAGUGGGAUGACGAAGUAACAAUUAAAAAAAAAAAAUAAAAACCAGGAAAUUAAAAAAUUCUCAAAUUUAAAAUUUGUUUUGGCACCAUAGAUGUCGAAAUAUAAAAAAUGAUUAGUGGUUACACGGAGAACUCUUAUGUCUCUGAGGCCUUAUUUUGACAAUUUUUUUAUUGUAAUGCUAAUUUGGAUGAAUCCUACAUUUUUAGUUGGUUUUAUUAAUAUAUGCCUGGAUAUCAGAUGAACUUUGAUGACCUUUGGUUAAAUUUAUCAUUUUUUUUGUAUUCUUUAACUGUACAGGUUACAAUUCAUGACUAACUCGUAAUCAUUGAAUUUCAUUAUCUUUUUUGUUCUCAACUUUCCAAUAUCUUAAGUGUCAGAUCUGCUACCUACAUAUAUAAAUUUAUUCGUAAUCUUUUAAAAUCUUGUGAAGGAUAUCUCCUUACAUAUCCACCUCCCCAGGUAUAGGCCGGCAGAGCUCUUUGUUUGGAUCAGUGAGCACUGAUGAUGAAAGCCUAAUCUCUGAGAGACAUGUAACCCGAUUCAGUCGGUGGGUAAUCUAAGAUUAUUUGCAGUUAUUUUGAAGUUUCCCAUUUUAUUCUUUCAUUUUAAUGCAUUCAUCAAUUCACCAGCAUUAAGUUAUCCAAAAUUCUGUGUGAAUGGAAUACAUUAUUUUAGAAUUGACAUAGAAAAUUUGAGUUUAUAACCUAAUAUGUACAUGAAGUCUUUCAGAUGAUUCAGAAAUAAAAAAUUUUAUUUAGGGAUAUAAAAAUUCAGAGGCAUCCAUUGAUGUCAAUAUGUAAAAUAAAUAUACCACAAAAUUUGCAGAAUUAUUUAUUUACAAAGUUAUUCUGUAAAUCCUGACCAUUUUAACUAAGCACUUUGUCUUAAUUAAAGAAAAAAUUAUUCCUAUUAAUUCUAUAGCAAAAACUAAAAGCCCAUAUUUCCUAAUCAAAAUUGUUAUAAAUACCAGUUAUUUUACCUGUUCUAAAGCCAAAAGUUUUUGGAAAUAUUUCUGGGGAAUAAGUGAGGCUGUUGGCUUAUGAAUUGGCCGUGAGAGUUUUAUCAUUUUUUAUAGGUAAAUUGAUUAUAUCCUAGAAAAAAAUAGAAAAAUUCAAGUAGCCAAAGUCAACUUAAAGCUGUGUGCAAGUUGAGACACAGGUUUUGUCAGCAUUUUGUGGCUGCUUUGAUUGGCAGUGCUUAGAGAGUACCAUAGGGCCUUCAUUGAAUAAUUGUCAGAUUGUCAUGUUUAUAAGAUUGUCACAGCAUUUGAAAUUCAUUUUUUAAAAAAGCAUUAGAUCUAGUAUAGAAGGUAAUAUUAAUGGUAUUUUUCUCUAUACAGAACAUCACCAGUUAAAAUGAAAAUAAUAAAUGGUGAGCAAUCAAAACACAGAAGGUCAGGUUCUGACCCUUCAACACCUAGC